AUGGCAGAUUCUAAACCAGGAUUGAGGAAGCCUGUGUUCACCAAGGUCGAACAGCUUCGCCCAGGAACUAGUGGGCAUACUUUAACUGUGAAGGUGGUCAGUGCUAAGAUGGUGAUGCAGAAAGGUCGUUCUGAUGGUCCUCAAUCCCGUCAAAUGCGAAUUGCGGAAUGUUUGGUUGGCGAUGAGACUGGAAUGAUAAUAUUUACUGCCAGAAAUGAACAAGUGGAUUUGAUGAAAGACGGCGCUACUGUGACCCUGCGUAAUGCCAAAAUUGACAUGUUUAAAGGAUCAAUGCGACUUGCUGUGGACAAGUGGGGCCGUGUUGAAGUCACGGAAGCUGCUAGUUUCACUGUGAAGGAAGAUAAUAACUUGUCUCUCAUUGAGUACGAAUUGGUGAAUGUUGUUGUGGAAUAA